GUUUAGUUUCUGAUUGGAUAAGUGAAUUACAGACCUUGCCUCCCUUCCUCUUUCACUCUGCCUUGUUUGCAGUGAGACUCACACAUCAGGAGAAACCUGACAGACUACUGCUUCGGUCAAGAUGUUUCUGUGCUGGUGCCUAUCUCUGGUGGCUUUAAUCCCUUUGACCACAAGCACCAACCCUGGAGUAAAGGUCAAGCUAACAGCUAAAGGCAUUGAAUAUGGCAGACAACUGGCAGUAGCUUCGAUCUUGCAGAAACUCAAAACCAUCAAACUUGAUGAUGUGUCAGGGAAAGUGAGGGUGUCCAUCGGCAAGGUCAAGUACAGCCUGAAAAAUAUGAACAUGGUGGAUGUGGGAUUGCCAACGGCUACGCUGGAUCUGGUGCCAGGGACCGGUCCCAAACUGUCCAUUGUCAACGCUAACUUCCGUUUGAAUGGAAACUGGCGGGUCAAGUACCGCUUUGUAAAGGACAGUGGCUCUUUUAAGUUGAACGGCGAUGACAUCAGUUUCAGUACAAGUCUCUCUAUCAAGACUGAUCCGACAGGCCGACCUGCGGUUAGUAGUAUCGACUGUGGAGCCAAUGUUGGCAAGAUGAGCGUCCGUUUUAGGGGUGGAGCCAGCUGGUUGUACAAUCUCUUCAAGAAAUCCAUUAGUAGUGCGAUACGAAAGGCAAUGCAGAAAAAGAUCUGCCCUCUGGUGGCCAAUGCAGUAUCUGAUUUGAACAACAAUUUGAAAACUCUCAAUGUUCUAGCCAAGGUGGACAAGUUUGCAGAGAUUGAAUAUUCCAUGGUGGCAUCGCCUGCAGUGUCAAAAACCUCCAUUGACUUUGGCUUGAAGGGUGAAUUCUACAACAUCGGGAAGCAUCAGGAGCCUCCCUUUUCCCCCGCAGUCUUUUCCCUGCCGCCCCAGAUCAACAACAUGUUGUACAUCGGCGUUUCCUCCUUCACCAUCGAAUCUGCGGCCUUCGUCUACAACACAGCUGGAGCCCUCAGCCUGUACAUCACUGAUGACAUGAUCCCAAAAAUCUCUCCCAUCCGACUCAACACCCGAACGUUUGGAGUUUUCAUCCCGCAGAUUGCCAAGCGUUUCCCAGGUCUGAUGAUGAAACUUCUGGUGAAGAUGGCGAAAGCUCCAGUCAUCACGUUUGAACCCAACAACGCGACAGUUCAGAGCUUUGCCUCAGUGACAGCUUACGCUAUCCAACCCAACGCCACACUUACGCCUCUCUUUGUCCUGAACUUGGUCUCCAGUGUCAGCGCCCGAGUGUUUGUCAGUGGAACGAGGUUGGCCGGAGCUGUCACCCUAAACAAAAUGGAUCUGACCCUGGGGACGAGCUAUGUCGGAGACUUUCAGGUCGGUACCCUCAACAGCAUCUUCCAAACGGUCCUCAAUUUCGUGGUGAUACCUAGAAUGAAUGCUCAACUUGCAAAAGGAUACCCUCUUCCGACACUUGGAAAGAUGAAGCUGGUGAACACUCAGCUGCUGGUCCUGAAGGACCACGUGAUGAUUGGGACCGAUGUUCAGUUCACGGGUUGAGUGCCAUUUCUGGAAGCUUCCAAUUCUGCACCAUGAAGACACAAUCCCAGUUCAUCAUGUAGAAAUAUUACCGUCAAAUGCUGAUCACCUGUUUGCCUCGGAUAUCAACUCAGGUGUUCAUACUAUUUUUCUUUUAAAUAUAAAUCUUAUGUACAAUGUAGAACAGUCUGUUAACAGUUGUCACCACGAUCAUGUUUUUUAAACAAAACUCUCUGCUGCCAACUUUAUGAAAAAUGUAUGACUCAAAGGUUUCUGAUUCUGUAUCUCACAGAGUGAUGCUUCAAAUGUGCCGAUGCAUGACUUUUCUGUAGCAGAUUUGAGAGCCGUAGGAAAACAAUUAUUAUUAACAAAAACUAGGUAACAGUAGUUUGUGCUAAACAAGCGUUAUCAUUUACAUUAUCCAAACCAGUUUUAGAUUCUUAAGGGACGGUUCACACAAAAGUACAUUGUUUUCUUUUAGCUUUAAUGCAAUUUUUCAAUCUAAAUAUGUUUUGGUGUGAGUUACUGUUUAUGGAGAUUUCGGAGGGGAGGUCCACAUGGCAACGUCGCAUGCUUCAACGGAGACGCUUCCCAUUCACUUUAGCCGCGUUCACACCGGAGUACUUUUUAGUUCACCAGAACUACGAUAUAUUUGCGUUCACACCAAAAAGCCCCGGGAACUAAAUUAGUUAAUGAGAACCUUUUUACCCCCUUUUCAGUCCCUGCUAGAGAGCAGGGACUUUCGUGGGAGAAAAAGGUUCCUAUGUCUGAUUGGCUGGGCGGAUUGCAAAGCACGCCCCGCCAAACUCCCAAAAACGUUUGUGAAGCCGCCAUUUUAUUAUCCUCGCAUUGCAUUAUUAGCAUUAGCAUUAGCCUAGCGCAUAAACUACCGUGUGGACGGUAAGUAAGUCUGCCUUCCCUUGAAUAUAAACACACUUUACAGGAGUUAGUUUGUUCUGCUCAAAGCCCCAAUAAAAUACAUUUGAAUAAAACUCACCAGCACAAUGUCUCUCUCCAGAAACCGAGACCCAGUCACUUAACAUAAUCCACAGACAUUGUGAGCAGUUUGUUGUCGGAAUUAUUUUCUUUCUACCAAAUUAAACGUGCCAAUGUGAUUAACGAAGCUUGCAUCGACUCAUGGACAAGAAGCUGGUGCUCAAUCGAUGAUGCGUGAAGUUAGGUUGAAAUAGUAGAAGAAAAUAGUUCCUACAUUAAUCCGCUCACAAGAAUGUGUCAUUAUUUCUGAAUAAAGACACUGCUCUAGUUUUUCCAAAUAUAAUAGCUGUAUUAGAGAGUCGUCAGUUCAAUAUGUAAAUAAACACACUUAGUACUGACAGUUUAAAUAACAUAUUGCAGUUUUAAUAGCUCAUCACAGCAGUCCAAGAGUCCAUGAAAAACAGCCACAGUGUGUCUUCCAAGAAAAUAUGGCGGUGCUCUAGCUCCCCCAUCUUUCCAGUGGUUUCCAUCAUGGGCCUGUUUCGGUCAUGGUUGUGUUUGAGGACACAUGUUCAUCGUAGUUCUUCACCGUCUCUCUCAGGGAGCUGUGACUGAGGGCUCGGCCUCUCAAGCUCUGGGAGUUGGCCGACAAAAUCUAUAUCAGAGACACAAACCAUGAAGAGUGAGUGAUUGAAUGAUGAAUGAACCAGAUAAUGCCUUAAAAUAUUUAAUUAUUUAAUCUUAGCAUGCUUAAGCUUGUUUAUAAUGGUUGGUUUGUUACAGCAGUAGCAGAAUUCAUGAUAAUACAUGAUUGUAUUAAACACUGGAACACCUGUGUAUUUUUCAUUUUAGGAUAAAUAAAGAAAUGAUUUCAAACCAAAA